AUGAGGGACCUUUCCCGGUCAUCAAGCGGACGUAAAACCAGCACCAUCCGGCGACCACGAGGAGACGACACCGUCAGCAUCGACCGUGCGAAGGCUGCAAUGCAGGAUUCGAAGGUUCGUUUCGCGACCGCUACACGGAAGGGAGUGCUGGGGGUGACCAACGUGCGACGAGCUUCCGCGCUCAGAGAAGGAAAAAGAAAAGAAACUAAGCCAUACAGGGCCGUGGCCCAAAAGGGGGCACAGGAAACUGUGCAGGCCCACCACAAUGCCUGGAAACCACUCAUUAACCAGGUCCGCCAGGAGAUUAAACACAAACAGUCUGAACCCUCCAUCCACCUGGCCCUCCCUAACGCCUCUCCGGGGAGAUUCUCAUAUCUGUUCAGGCCCAGCCUGAACAAACACAGCCCAAGCAACCGAAGCCUCAGCCUACACAGGCCCAGGCAGCGGAGCCCCUACCUGCACAAGCUCACCCACCGAGCCCCUGCCCCAGUCACGGGAAAACCUCAGCUUGCUGAGAGCCAGACCCCGGGAGCCCCAGUCAGUUCCUCUCCUAAACCAACCUCGGCACCCCCUCCUCGGCCUCCUCCUCCCGUCAAUCAGGAAAAUCCCCAGCGAUAUCCCUCUGAGCCCCCUGAUGCCCCACCUCCUACACCAGACCUUACUAAACCCCUCUGGAACCUUCACUGA